AUGCUGGGACGCUUGCUGAGUACAUUUAGCCCAAACGCAUAUGCAUCGCGAAAUGCUGCUACCCUAGACUCAGUCACUGAAGAGGAGCACACCUCCGGUCUGCUCUUCCCGGACCCCCGCCAGCUCCAUCGGUCGUCCAAUUCGGCCCAUGCCUUCCAAACCAGCUUCAAUUCGCCCAAUGCCUCGAAUACUGGGGGAUACGACGAUCGUGGCGGACUCGAGUUGGAUGUGAUCAAAGACUUUAGGAUUAUAAUUGCCCAGAAUGCCAUCGGCGAUCGAGAUGAGCCGUGCAUACUGCUCGACUCAAAGGGAACUCCGGACCCCUCCUCCUUCUCGCAGGGCUUGGGUCUGGAUCCACAAGUGUUUGAUCCGCCAUCAGGGAGGCAUUCGCGGACCUCGAGUCUGUCUCAGGCUCCUUCUCGCAGAGGCUCUUUGCAGACUGGCCAGUCUUCGUUCGCCGAUGCCGGUGGUUUGAUCUCGCAAGCCGCAAGCGCUCGGAAAAUACCGCCUCCAAUUUCUUCGGGGGCCUUCAGUCGUGCUCGAUGCAGAAACUCUAUCAGUUCGGUGACUUCAAAUAGCGAGAGUUUUCUCGAACCCUAUCACAACCGCACUACUCCCGAGAAUGGUGACACAGGCCUGCUCAACUGUAUAUUUGGGAGCAGCGCUUUCAGCUACAAGGGUUCAUCCACUAAGAUGCAUAUACUAUCAACCGACUCUGAUGUAAAGGGCACAUCACCUGCCUCCCGUGAGGUUGAUGCACUUGGUGGGCGACAAACACCGCGUACCCCCCUAGCGAGGACAUACUCGUCUGGCACCCAGUCCCCGGGAGGUUAUUUUCUUGACCGACCCCAACAAUCAUCUUCCAAGGUUACAAUUCUCGUUACUCGGAUGUUUAGUGUGAACCUACCAGAAUCGCGCGACUCGUCUGGAGACUCACCAGAGUUGUUCGGCUCCGUACCCCCUGAUUCUAUGCAGGACGGUGCUUUCCCUUUCCCCGACUUCGCCAAACGCCGCAAAAUUAAGGAAAAGAAAACACCGAUGUAUGCGGUAGCUAUUACCAUCCAAGUUCCGCUCGCGACGCGUAACAAUACACGGCCAAUGUCGCGGCCAAGCACCCAUGGUCCGGACGGUCCGAAGCAAAUGUCAUUUUCUUUGGACUCAGACCCGCAUUGGAGUAGCGCUUUCAUUGACGAGAACCAUUCUCAGUCUUCGGGCCUAGAUGACAGGAUUGAUCUUCUUGUCGAUCAUUGGGACGUGAUUACCCGCACAUUGACCUUCCUGGAAAACCUGGCCCGACGUGAGAUUCUGAUCUUACUUAAGAAGGUUGAUGCACAGGUAUCUCAGGCGCCAAAGCCAAACGUCCCGAAAGCCAUGAAGAUGCCCAAUAUGCAAAGGACGAAUCAGACCAUCAUUCAACUUCGCCCAAAUGUACUUGCAUACAAUAGCAAACUCAAAGAAGAACUGCUUCUUAAUGCCCAGAGAAUAUCGGCCGCUUUACGCAUACCUCGAGUUGUUCUUGGUCAAAGUCGAUGGGGCGUAUGGCGCGAGGAAGCACGCUGGAUUGCACGCCUCAUGGCAGAUAAAGAGCAUGGAUUGUUCUUUCUAGUGCUCAUCACGGCUUUCCUAGGAAACCAUACAGAGUGGCUCGAUAGCUUGGGACCCGACUGGUACCGCAGGCGCCAUCAGCUACAGCAGAAACUACAGCAAGAUCUCGGACCUACAAUUUCCAGCCGCACUGUGAUUGUGUCAGACAACAAGAUGGUAGCAAGACGAUUGAUCUUCAUCCUCUCCGCCUUUCUCCCAGCCAAACAUCGCUUCGACUACGUCAGCUCGCCUAUGCGUCCAGGGACAUCGACAUCAAACCGGCCACUUUCUCAGAGCCCACCAACAUUCCCUCUUCUCAGACAAGAGUCACUUCGCCGUAGAAUCAACCGAAGGGCAAGGGCACAGAGGCUCACUACUGAAGAGCCCGAAGUUCCUCGGAGAUCUGGCAGCGUAUCGUCGAGCGAAACUGCGCAUAAAAACACCGAUGACGCAGAGCAGACUUACCAAGCCGACUCGCCGUUGUUUCCAAGCCACAGAAGAGAUUCCGAUGUCAGAUCAAUCACAACGGCCAGUCUGCCAAUACACGCAACUGACGCUCGCACAAGAGCCACGACAUCAACCACGACUAACAAUUCAGCCAUGCCUGUGCCGCAUUUCACAUCUCGCCGACGUCAUAUACAAGAUGAUUCGGACCGAGCAGGAAUGGACAGCAAUGAUAGCUAUGCAUCUGCGAAGCUCUUACAGAACUUGCGUCGAAGCGAAACAAAUAUGAGCUCAGAUGGAAAUGUCCCCGCUGGUGGUACGAAAUGGGUGGGCAAUAUAUUGUCUGGAUUUUGGGCUGGGCGACCUGAGUCUUCCAGAGGAAGUGAUGGUGCCGCUUCUGUCCGCCGAGCCUCAUUAGCACAAACUUCAGCAAGUCAGUUUCUACCCGAAGAUGACAAAACCGAAAAGAGCAUUGCCAACAGCUCGCAACUUGAAACAUCGCCAAAGGUCCCCAAGCCUCCUUCUACCUCGGAUACCAUUUCCAUUGCCCAGUCUUCUACAACCCCAAAGAAUACAUUCGACCAAGACGAGCCCGAAUUAGCCCCUACCGAUAAUGUCAAGGAUUCUCCGUUGAAGCUAUCAGUGCGAGGCGACGAUGGUGUAGUUGAUGUCGAUCUUCCCUUGCGUGGUUUCCUAUCCUUGUCAUCGUCGAACGAGUCCACGUUGGCAUCGCCCAAAAAGGCAAGGACUUCGGUCACAAGCAUGGAUGUUGGUGGCUCGAUGCAAAGUAGUUUCUCCAAUACCAACUGUGGCCUGAAGGACAAUGAGAGCCCAACGUUGAAUGUCGGCGGUUGGUUGAAAAACUUCCACGAAGACUUUUUACUUCAAGCAGUCAGGCCAUACCACGGCAUCGAUGCCGACAUCAAGCGCGCGAUGCAAGCUGAAUCUAGCCCACAUACUUUCUUUGACCCUGACAACGCUAGCAUCACGGAUCGAUGGGUGGAGAUUGCCAGUACGUUGGUUGCCGAUACGCGAAGCUGCACCGUAAAGAGGAUUCGUCUUUUACGCAAGAUUACCGCAAAUUCCACGGGCUCUCCCGGUGUGGCCUCGCCUGCUACGCUUCGUCAGGAGAAUCCAUCCUCUGCAAGCCAUUUCCCUGGUUUGUUCGGUGGCAGUGUACGCUCGCGGAAGGGUUCCAUUGCGACACUAGCCGAAUCUAUUGACCUAGAGGAAGCCGAAACUAAGUUUGUCGAAGAGCCCGUCGUGGACGUCGAUGGAACUUUGGUCGAUGCCAUUGAACGAGUUCUCAUUCAAAGCGGACAGUCAUCUUUGGCGCAUUCCAGAGCACCAUCCCCGCACAGGACUUCCAAAUUAGACGAACGUGAACGACCUGCCGAGGACGCUCCACCUGUUGUUGUUGAAGUUCCGCGCAAUGAAUGUCGCAAAACGGUUCUGGGUGCCUUAGAAGAGGUUGCUCGAACUGUUGCCGAAGACCACUGUCGGGAUGACAAUGAUACUGAUUUUGGUGUCGAUCCGGCAGACAAGAGUGCAAAGCGACGACCUUUUCGGCCGGACAAUACUUUGCGAGAGGGGAUCCGCAAGUGGCUUCUCGACAUUGAGGAAGCUUUGUAG